AUGUCGGGUCAAUUUGCUAAUUUACAAGAGUAUAUUUCGAGUUUACCAACGAAUGUAACACAAAAUAUUUAUGGACAUCCUGCAAGUUGUCUCGCAAUAUUUCGUGAAUUACCGGUACUUGCAAGAACGAUUAUUAUGAGAUUUAUUUGUUUACCUAAUUCAGAAUUAACUGGACAACCACAACCAAUAAGUCAAGGUGUUGCAUCUUCAUGGAUUAAUCCAUCUCAUCAAAAUACAUAUAAAAAUAUUACGCGAAUGCUUGUUAAGCUAGGCAUUUGGAAUGAAGUUGGUACUGAUUGGCAAUUAGAUGUUACAUUUAGAAAUAAUUUAACCGGUGCUAUUUUUGGUGGGACAACUAAUUGGCUUGAUGAAACUGAUUCGGUAUCAACUCCUAGUGAACGUAGUAUUAAAAAACUCGAAGAACUCAAUACGUACUCUUCAACUCGGUGGGAUUGUGUUUUACAAUAUCUAGUCAAUCCUGAUCGUGGACAAAUAACUCGUGAUACAAUUGAUGUUUUUGUUCAUGCUAAAUUACUCAAACGAAAUGAUGAUACGUCUUCAGCCAGCACUGAUCCGUAUCAAAUUACAGGCACUGGUUUUCAAUUUCUAUUAAUGAAUCGACGAACACAAGUAUGGUUUUUUAUUAUCAAUUCUCUGGAAACACGUCAACAACGUGGUGAAGAUAUAAGUGAACAUUUAAUAUUUUUAUUUCAACUUAGUUUUGCAACAUUUGGCAAAGAUUAUUCAUGUGAAAAAUUCAGUGCAACUAAAGAAAAUUUUCUUCAACAUCUUCGAGAACUUGGCCUUAUUUGGCAAAAAACGAGAAAAAUCAAACGUUAUUUUCCAACUAAACUUGCUAUUGAAUUAGCAUCUGGUUUAGCAACAACUACAUAUGGAGAACAUGGAAAUGAUGAAAUUCAAUCUGGUUUUCUUGUUGUUGAAACAAAUUAUCGUGUUUAUGCUUAUACAAAUAAUGAUUUAUAUUUAAGAAUCACUGCGUUAUUUUGUAAAAUGCUUUAUAGAUUUCCAAAUAUGAGUGUUGGUCUUAUAACUCGACAGAGUAUUCGCAAAGCAUUAAGCAAUGAAAUUUCUGCAGAUUUGAUUUUAAAUUUUCUUAAAUCUCAUGCACAUCCACAAAUGCGUAAACGAUUAUUAGAAAAUAAACCUUUGAUUCCAACAACAAUAAGUGAUCAAAUUCGUCUAUGGGAAAUGGAACGAGAUCGUAUUGUUGAUCAAGAAGGCAUGCUUUAUAGUCAAUUUAAUAGUGCAAAUGAUUUUGAAUUAAUUGAAAAAUAUGCUAAAGAUUUAAAUGUAUUACUUUGGAGUAAUUCACAAAAACGAUGUGUUAUUGUAUCAAAAGCUGGUCAUGAAGAAGUAAAACGUUUUUGGAAAAUGCAACGACCAAAAGGCAGCAAUGAUUAA